AUGGCCGAGUACCGCAGUCUGCUGGAGGAGCUGGCACAGAACAUCACUCCCGAGGACCUGGAGCAGCUCAAAUCUGCCUGUCGGGAGGACAUCCCCAGCGGGGAGGGCGAGGCCAUCGCCACGGGGCAGCACUGGUUCGCCUUCCUCGAGCGGCACAGCAAGCUCGACCGGG